AUGAAGUCCUUCGCAUCGGCCGUGCCCUUGGCGGCAGCCCUCUUCACCACCUCCACUCUCGCAUGGCUCCCAUCCUGCUCGUGGUCUGACUGCAUGGGAAGCUGGGAUGGCACAUCCUGCAGUGCUUCCAGCGGCUGGGACUGCCUCUGCUCCAAUCAAACUGCCAUCUCCCAAUUGAACACCUGCGUCGCAACCUCCUGCACCAACACCACCGAUCAAGAGGCCAUCUACGGUGCCAUUGCACAGCUUUGUGCCAACGCAGGAAGCCCAGUUUCUGCCUCUCAAGAAGCCACCUUCAGCGCUACCUCCGGUGGCUCUGCCUGGCCUUCUCAGAUCACUGCUGCCCCCGGCUUCGGCCCAGGUGGCGGUUGGAACUCGGCUCAGUGGUCAAGCUGGAUCUCUGCUUGCUCCACCGGUUUGCCCUCUGCUCCCAGCGGUUGGAACGGACAAGGUCCAUGGGGCGGUCCCGGCAUGUGGGGUGGUCACGGAGGUCCUGGUUUCGGGCCCGGUGGCUUCGGUCCUUGGGGCACGAAGGCCAGCGGUGUCAACUGUGAUCAAUGGACCACAUGGACGGCUGGCUGGGGUCCUUUCUCCUCGUGGACCGGUACCUGGUCUGGCUGCAGCACUACGACCAACACUCCUGUCCCUGCGACCAUCACCACAACUGUCACCACCGGCGGCUCGACUCAAGUCAUCACUGGCACAACUUUCGGUAUCCAAGCCGUUGCUGCUGCGGCCACAACCACCUCGAGCUCGGGCAACGCUGCUCCUUCUCUUCGAGGUCUCGGCGCUUGCGGCGCGCUGGUUGCGGCCAUCUUUGCCACCAUGAUCGCUUUGUAA